AUGAUUUCCGAAGGAGAGAAAGCUUCGUCUGCAGGUCAAUCCAAACGCAUGGCCCGAAGGUUGGGGAAAGCACCUGAGUCAACGGCCGGCGUCACUGAGAGGGCUACCGGUCUAUCCGGUCCUGGAAAUCAACUGGACGACUCGGUCAGCCCAGCGAGACAUGGAUCGAGGGGGCAAGGCACCUCAGGUGCGGCAGGCCCAAGUAUCACGAUCGCGCCUUCGGAUAGCGUUGCCUUUACCUUCUCGGUCAACGAUGCCAAGCUCGGGAACUUCUCAUCGGACGUCCUCCCAAACGAGGUUCUUCAGGCACUUCGAAGGAGGUUUGGGGAGUGGAACUCAAAGUUGGGACUAGGCUGGAUCAACAUGCAGGCAGUUGGAACGGGUCAAAGACCAAGUUGCAUAGAGGGACGUUUAGAGAAAAAGAAGUCUAUGGGAUGA